AUGCUUGACACCCUGCUGCUGAAGAACGGAUGGAAAGGGGGAUCAGACCGACGGGCGGAGGAGAGCAGCGGCACAGUCACAGUGUCGGCUCAGAACAUGCUCCGGUGUCACUGCUACCACCACUGCCCGGAGGACUCGGUCAACAAUACCUGCUUGACUGAUGGUUAUUGCUUCACUAUGGUGGAGGAUGAGGAGGAGGUGGGUGUGGCAGUACUCACCGCAGGUUGUUUGGGUCUUGCCGGCUUUGAGUUCCAGUGCAGAGACACGUGGAAUGCUCGUUCCAGGAGAGCUCUGGAGUGUUGCAGCGAUCAGGACUAUUGCAACAGAGACUUGCAUCCUACUCUUCCUCCACUAAUGACUUCAGAUUACGUUGACAGCAGUAACCAGUACAUGGCUCUCUUCAUUUCAAUCACAGUUUGCAUUAUCAUCCUUGGUCUCAUCCUCAUUUUCUGCUACUUCAGAUAUAAGCGGCAGGAAUCCCGACCACGCUACAGUAUUGAUCUGGAGCAGGAGGAGACCUACAUUCCCCCUGGGGAGUCACUGAAGGACCUGAUGGAGCAUUCCCGAAGCAUCGGGUCUGGCUCAGGGUCCGGACUCCCUCUACUGGUGCAGCGCACAAUCGCCAAACAGAUUCAGAUGGUUAAGCAGAUUGGAAAAGGGCGAUACGGAGAGGUCUGGAUGGGCAAGUGGAGAGGAGAGAGAGUGGCCGUUAAAGUCUUCUUCACCACAGAAGAAGACAGCUGGUUCAGAGAGACUGAAAUAUAUCAGACCUUCCUGAUGAGACAUGACAAUAUACUGGGAUUCAUAGCAGCAGAUAUUAAAGGAACCGGCUCGUGGACUCAGCUCUACUUGAUCACAGACUACCACGAGAAUGGGUCCCUAUACGACUACCUCAAGUCCAACACCUUGGACGUCAAGUCUCUGCUGAAACUGGCCUACUCGUCCAUAUCAGGCCUCUGUCACCUGCACACGGAGAUCUAUGGCACGCAGGGCAAACCGGCCAUUGCACACAGAGACCUGAAGAGUAAAAACAUCUUGGUAAAAAAGAACGGAUUCUGCUGUAUUGCAGACCUUGGACUGGCGGUCAAGUUUAACAGUGACACCAACGAGGUGGAUAUCCCUCCCAACCUACGAGUUGGUACGAAGCGGUAUAUGCCCCCUGAGGUGUUGGAAGAGACCCUGAACAAGACCCAGUCUUUUAUAAUGGCUGACAUGUACAGUUUUGGCCUCAUUGUUUGGGAGAUGGCCCGACGUUGCAUUUCUGGAGGCAUUGUGGAGGAGUAUCAGCUGCCCUAUUAUGACCUUGUGCCCACUGAUCCGUCCUAUGAAGACAUGAGAGAAGUUGUCUGCAUUAAGAAACAAAGGCCUUCAUUUGCUAAUCGUUGGACUAGUGAUGAGUGUUUACUGCAGAUGGGGAAACUGAUGUCUGAGUGUUGGGCUCACAACCCGACCUGUCGCCUCACAGCCUUGAGGGUGAAGAAGAGCCUGGCGAAGAUGUUAGAGACCCAAGACAUCAAACUGUGACAGAGAGAUGCUCCCAUCACCAGAGACUUGUCACUGCCACUGGCACAGCGCCACUUACACUGGCCAAUAAAAGAAGGGGGGGGUGAGAGACUGUGAAAGAUAGGACAAAGGAAACCGACCGCGAGGAUGAGCGAUGGGGAUGAUGGUUGACAGGGAGCCAGAAAGAUGAGGGGCAAAAGAUUUCUUAUGUCAGGGGAGAUGUACCCGCCUGUUGUAUGAGGCCUCAGACCAGGUGUCCGGGUUGUGCUUUCUGUGAAAGCUGAGUGGUUGUCAGGUCCAAACGGCCCAGAUGGGCCGGCGGACGGGGACCAUUGCAGGAGAGGAGCACUGAUAUGCGUCUGCUUCCUUCUAAACGGAGGAGCCUCUGCUCCACCCUUCUAAAGCCAUAUUGCAGUAUUCUAUGUGCAGUCUUUUGUACUG